CUCAAACACACACAGUGGGGUCCAAAAGUCUGAGACGACUAGUGACAAUGCUUCUGUUUGGCGUUCUUUUUCAAUUUAACACAAAGGUUUUCAUUACAGUUGAUAUUAUCAGCAAUAACUUGAGUGAAAAGUAGAAUCUUAGAAAUAUUUACGUGAAUUUCAGAGUUUCUUAUUUGGUAUUUCCCUGUUUUUGCUUUAAUGACAGUGUGCACUCGAGUAUGCAUGGACUCCACAAGUUUGUGUAAAAUCCUACAAAAGUUAACAUGAUAAACAUCACAAAUUUGCUUAAGUAUAAAUAGUGACCUAUUGAAUAUUGAACAUAUUGAAUAUUGAGUCAAGAUGUUGCACAUUUCCUUUUUUUUGUUUUAGAAUUUUCAAAAUUCUAAAACUUUCAGUUUAUUCCCAGUUUUAAAUAUAAAACAUCCCAGAUUUUCUGUGUGGUUUUUGGUCCCCACUGUGUGUGUUUGUGUGUGUGUGUGUGUGUGUGUAAUAAUAAUCCUAGGCACCCUGAUUUUUUUUAACACAGAUUUUGUUAUAGAUAUUUAUUUUAUGACCUCUGCAUAAUUGAGACAGUGCAAAAAACAUUUUAUUAUUUAGUAAUGUAUUGUUACAGAAAAAUCUUUGCAAGUCAGUAAAGAAAGUAACAUAUUGCACAACACACAGGGGUUUUACCUGCAAAAACAGAAGCUAGUGCGACAGUCAAAUUCUCCAAAAGAACGUCUCCAAGAUAUUCUUAAAAACUUAUCAUCCAAUUUCCUGAUAGAAAAUCACAAAGUCUAUCUGAGACUGCCAAUGCAUUUUUACUGAUCAAAGGGUCCUUAUAGAAAAUAUUGACUUUAGAGCUCAGUGACUUUACAGUUGGCAGGAUGCCUCGUAGGACACCACCUUUGCCAGAAGUCAGUUUGUGAUAUUUCUUUCCUGCCCUUGUCAAAUACAAGGGCUAUUAUUGCGAAAUGUGGAAAGCAGAGCAUUUAGGUGCAAUAACAACUCAGCUGUGAAACAGUAGACCAUGCAAACACAGAGCAGGACCACUGCAUACUGGUCACCUAUCCUCUGUUGAAAAUCACCUAUCCUCUGUUGAAAAUCACCUAUCCUCUGUUGCAUCACUCACUACAGAGAUGCAAACUGCCCCUGUCAUGAAAUGGCCAAGCAGCGGCACACAAUGCCAAGAGUGGGCUGGAGUGGCAUAAAGCCCGCCGCCACUGAACUCUGGAGCAGUGGAAACAUUCUCUGGAAUGAUGACUCACGCUUGCUUCAGUAACUUUUUAAUCUGAUGGAUGAAUCUGGGAUUGGCACGCUGCCUACCGGAUGCAUAGUGCCAAGUUUGGUGGAGAAGCGAUAAUUGUAAUGGCCUAGGGCUGUUUUUCAGCGUUUGUAAGUUCAGGGUUAGUUCUAAGGUGAAAAUGUUUUUGCAAAUUUGUUAAAAAAAAUCAAAAACUGAAAUAUUUCAGUUAGGUAAGUAUUCAGAGCCUUGGGUAAGGCAUUCCAAAUCAAGCUCAUGUGCAUCCUGUUUGUCCUAAACGCUGUUUUCCUCCUCCAAGUCCACACCUGAGUGACGAAGGCAAAAGGAAAAUGUUUUCAUUCACUCUCAUUCAUACUUACAGCUGUCUAUCCUAAUCUUUGACUGUAUAAACAUUUAUAAGAUUAGAUAGCUGUGCUGUAUAUGGCUGAGGAACUAUUAGGCUGCAGAAUAAAUAUUUUCUUUUUAAACCAAACAAAGCCUAGAGUUUGCAGUAGACCUAGGCUAACAGGUAUUUUAUUGUCAUAUGUACUCAUCUUAAAACAGGUUUAGUCUUGUCAGUUGCAAACAGCCACUAGGAGACUGAUGUAUGUAUGCACGCUCACUAUCCACUUUAAUAGGAACACCUGUACACCUGUUCAAUCAAUUGCAAAUGCAAUUAUCCAAUCAGCCAGCGCACAUUCACAUCAAACAUCAGAAUGAGUCUGAUCGUGGCAUGGAGGUUGGCCAUUAAUAAACCCUUAAUAAACUGUAAAAAUUGUCACUAAAAUUGCACUAUUAUCCCCCUUCAUGUCAUAUCAAGGACUACAAAAACAUCUUGCAUACUUUGCACAACUACAUUGCACUACCUCAGAGCAAAAUCUGCACCUCAACCUUGCACCUGCACCUUAUUUGUAUUUUUUGCACCUUUUUUUUUGUAUUGUAUUGUAUUGUGAAUCUCUUGUAAUCAUUAUUCUACAUUUCUGUCUCUUAAAUUUCUGUCUUGCUUACCCCUUUAUUAUUUAUUUCUGUUCUUAUUGUACUGCUGUAGACUGCCUAAGCCUCACAAAAAGCAUUUCAACGUACAUUGUCACUGACGCUUGUAUAUAUGACAAAUAAACUUGAAAUUUACAUUUAUAAUAACGUACCGUUACAUGUGAUUCUUCCAAAUUUACUUUGGUGUAGUCCACUCUUGUCAAGGCGGUUUUAAAGUCUCUCAGAAUCACACACCCUUAUAUUCAAACAAGCCUCAUGUAGGACAAGGCAAUCCUGAACUAUGCAGAGCCAAGUGGUUGCUGCUUCGGCAUUCCUGUUUUGCUGUGGUUUGUUUUAUGUUUUAAUUUGGAACAAGAUGCCGGAAAAAUGGCCUAGUUUCCAAGCAGGCAAUAUUCCUACAAGGGAAUCAGAUUCAUUUUGGAGAAGUGGAGAUGAAAUCACAGGAAAGUUUAUAACCACUACUGGGGCGCCUUCGCUGAAUUUGUCCUCAGGAAAAACCACAAAAGGAGCGUCAGAGCAUCAUGUGCCUUUAAACACAUCAGAGCUUAAACAUCAGAUCAACAUAACCCCUAUUCCCAUCCUCUAUAUUAAAAAUUUCACUAAGCUGCCCAAGUGGGACUUUGAGGAUGUUUACAUGCAGAGCAGUGAAGCACGACGGCCGGUCUGUUCAAAGUCUCUCCAGAACUCCAAAGAUAAAGAGUUUCAGGAGGCCGCGUUGUGGAACAUCCAGCUUUGGCUCCACAAUGGCCACCUCAAUGUGAGUGAGUGGAACCGGCUUGCGCACUUCAACAACCCGUUUGGGUUUAUGGAAUAUACCUAUACUGACAUCAAAAAGUCAGUCGAUUUGAUCCCGAAGCCGAAGUACAAUCAGCUUUUGCCAGUGCCCAGUGGGUCAGAGGAUGGAUGUAUUCGCUGCGCUGUAGUUGGCACCGGUGGCAUUCUCAACGGCUCCAAAAUGGGCAAAGAGAUCGACUCUCAUGAUUACGUCUUUCGAGUGAAUGGAGCAGUCACUAAAGGCUUCGAGGAAGAUGUCGGAAAUAAAACCUCGGUGUACGUUCACACGGCGUUCUCCUUAAGCCAGUCUGUUAUACACCUGGGAAAGUAUGGCUUCAAGUACAGUCCACAGGAUGAAGGAAUUAAACAUGUGAUGAUUCCAGAGGGUCUUAGAGAUUAUGAGUGGAUUGAGGGCCUCCUGGAGAAAAAGAGGAUGACAUACGGAUCCUAUAAAGGUUACAGGCCUCUUACCUUCUACAACGACCGGUUCCAAGAGGAUAAAUUUUAUGUCCUUCAUCCAGACUUUCUACGAUACAUCCGGAACAGAUUCAUGCCAUCCGAAAAUCUGAAGGAAUCGUACUGGGCUUUAUACAGACCGACCAAUGGAGCAUUCACAUUGUUCUUAGCUCUUCACACCUGUGAUAUCGUGCAUGCGUAUGGAUUCAUCACGGCAGACCACAGCAAAUACCCCAACUAUUACUUUGAAACCACAAAAACUAGGGUUGUUUUUUACCUCAAUCAUGACUAUAACCUGGAGAUAAAAACCUGGAAGAAACUGCAUGACGCUGGAAUCAUCACCCUUUACCAAAGACAGGAAAACUAAACCAGACUGUGAAUUAAUGAACUCUUUUCAUUCAUACAGUACUGUGCAAAAACUUACGCACAUGCAAAAAUAUGCUGUAGAGCAAAGAUGCCUUCAAAAGUAAUGAAAUGAAAAGUUUCUACAUUUAAAAUAAUACUAUAAAGAGCAGUAAACAGUAUAAAAAUGAAACAAAGUCAAUAUCUGGUGUGAUGAUCCUUCGCUUUAAAAAACAAUAGUAUCUCAGGUACAGUGUGUGCAGUUUUAUAAGGAAAUGAGCUGGAAGUGUUACUGAGCAUCUUGCAGAAGCAGCCACAGUUCUUCUGGAGACUUUGACUGUCGACUCGCUUCUUAUUUCUGCAGCGAAACCCAGCAGCCUUCAUUAUGCUUUUUGUCUGAAAAGUGUCUCUUAUGUCAUCUGCUGCUUUCUUUACUGACAUACAAACAUUUUUCUGUAACAUUUAAUUUUGUGCUGGAAAACUAAUGUUUGGAAAUCUGAAAAGUUUUUGUACUGAACUGAUAAUGUAAAAGUUAUAGAUUACUAAAAAAAAAAAAAGACUUUUCACAGUACUGCACAAGCAUUCAGGUAAAUGCAACCAGUAUCAGGACAUCUGGUGUAACUUUAUGAUCUGUUAUUUUUAUUUAAUAUUGUAAUAUGGCUAUGUUAUUUAUAGAUCUAGUGAGUCAUGCAAGUUUUGUUCCACAAUAUGGGCCAGUUUAACAUGUUACUUCAGCUGUUUUUUUCCAGUUAAAGACCUAAUACUGCUCUUGUAUUUUAAUGUAAUCUAAUUAAAAUAUGUUUUGAAAAAAAUCUUCUUCAUACUAUAUGAUUUGAUCCAAAGUGACUAACAGAAUACAUCACAUUUAAGCAUUUUCAGUUACUGUCUGAUCUUUUCCUGUUCUGAGUAUAUAUACAAUUAUUGUAUAUAUUUAUUUAUGAGAAAUCCAAAAGUAAAAAAUGACCAUGUAAAUAUAACUAUUAAAAUAAACUUAAACUUAGUUAAAGCCAGGAACAAUGUGAAUCUUUCUGCAUUUUCUGCUUAUUAGACUGAAAUUGAGUAAUUAUGGCUUUCUGCCAGCAGGUGGCGCUUUCAGAUCAUAGCAUCUGAAUUGUUUUUUGUUUUUUUUUGGCAGAUAAUACAGGA